UUCUUUCCCCAUAAACAGAGUCAAACAAACAGAAUUUUCUCACGACUAUUUUCUCAUUCUCCUAGUUUCUUUCUUUGCUAGUUCAACAAUCCAAAACAAUGGAGUUACGUCCAUUAGAUAUCAAAGUUAUUGCCGCAGACGGCAUAAAGAAUGUCAAUACUUUCUCUAAAAUGGAUGUCUAUGUUGAAGUCUCCAUCUCUUAUCCUAACCAAACCAAUAAGCAAAAGACCUUCGUCCACAAAAAUAGUGGCACAAAUCCUAAGUGGAAUCACUCUAUGAAAUUCACUCUUGACGAAACUUCCCUCACAAAACCAGGGCUUUACCUCAUCUUUCGUCUCAAAUCUGAACGUACUUUAGGUGACACAAAAAUUGGUGAAGUCUCUGUUCCUAUUCAUGAUCUCUUUAAUCAGUCUACUUCUAAUGGCACAGCCGAGAGGUUUGUUGAAUAUCCAGUAAUAACAGAGAGCGGAAAACCGAAAGGUACUUUGAAAUUUUCUUACAAAUUUGGUGAAAAAUUUACAGCGGCUGAUCAAAAGAAAGAGGUAAAUCAUGAGCCUGUUACUGCUUAUCCCGCGCCGCCACAUGCUGCUGGUGCAUCAUAUGGUAUGGCUUAUAAUCAGCAAAAUUCCGGAUAUGCGUAUCCUCCUCCUCCUCAAACUUCUUAUGGUGGGUAUGCACACACUGGAUACCCACCUGCUGGUGGUGCACCGGGUUAUGGAUACCCGCAACCACAGCCUGGUUAUGGGUAUCCACCCGUACAACAACCUGGGUACGGAUAUCCACCGGUGCAACAGCCUAAGAAAAAGAACAAGUUUGGAAUGGGAGGUGGAUUAGGUUUGGGAUUGGGUGCUGGUUUGCUUGGUGGUUUGUUGGUGGGAGAUAUGGUUUCGGAUGUUGGAGAGAUGGCUGCUUAUGAUGAUGGCUAUGGGGAUGCCAUGGGAGAUAUGGGUGGCUUUGAUUUUUAGAUUAAUUUUGGUGCUUUGUAAUUUUAUUUUAUUUUAUUUUGUUCUUUGGAGAUAUAAUAAACUGCAGUACUUUGUAUAUUUUGGAAGUUCUUUUUUUUUAUUUGUUUAGAUCUCUUGUAUUCGAGUCAUUGACUACUUCUUGCUACGAUUUUCUAACUGAAUAUGCUUUUAGUUCCUAAGA